AUGUCUGCAGAAUCCACGCCAUCCGCCAUCGAUAUUUAUCGUACCUGUGUCGAUGAAAUUAAUAAUGAGCGUCCUCCUUUAAGAUCAUCUCGGCUCGUUAGUACCCCUAGGCGUCGUAUAGGCAGAGGUUCAUCUCAAGAUCCGGAAGUCGGGAAACUCUCUCGCCCACAUCCUUAUCAUGCUUCAACGCGGAGGUUGAUAGAUCGACCUCGAGGUUCUCAAAGCACAGUCACAGAAAGACCACGGAUAUCAUAUCUCGAAGGAUCAAAGGGGGCAAAUGUAUCGGGUGGGAAUUUUGUCGCAGCAGAUGGGGAUUUCAUUGGUGAAAUAGUUUACAAUGCAGGAGUAACAAUAAAUAACUACUCAUCUUCAGUAGCUCCAUCAGCAGCACCUCAUGCGGAAGAGGCAGAAGUGACCAUAGGAGGUGACCCGGAGACGCCAUUGCGUAUCCAGAGAACCUGUGAUGUUUAUAAUCGACACUUGGCUUGCAAAGGGCGUGGAUUCCCUCUAUGGAUCCCAGAGCCCAACAACAACCUUUCAAUGGAAUACCGAAGAAGAGGAAUUGAUAUAGGCGAUGUUGGGGUUAUCACAAAGAUGGGAAAUUUCGACUUCUUGUUCAACAUUUGUCUACCCGACGAUCAUCCUAUUAAUCGAGACGGCGUACCAGCAGGAUUCUCCCCAUGCAAACCUACAAGGUCAGGCGACAUACAAAGAUACACAGAGUUCGAGGCUGGGGCUUUUCUCACCAGCACAUCUAUUGAUCAUUCUCGCUUUGACGGCGAAUAUCGCUACAACACAUUAAUAUUUGAAUCUUCUGCGAUGGAAGGAGCUAUUCUCACAAUGCCAGAUGGAGCGGAGACGCUAGAUCUUGGCAAUGUGUUACAGUUUGAGAGGUACAUGGCCAAAAAUGUAGCAAGUUGGUAUAGGUACGUUCUUGUCGAACGUGGGCGUCAUGUAGAGAAUGGAGAUGUGCGACUCGUAGUCGGUCGGGACAAUUCAAGGACCUGGGGCAUGGCAACAUUCGAAAAGGCGACCACUUCUGGCGAUGCGCUGCAACUAAAAUUCGGGCCUUUGGAUGACAACACAUUGGGCACCCGAAGAUACGCAUGGGAAUUGUCUGGCGCUGCCUCUGCACGUACUGGACCUAGCCGUACCCAGAUUGAGGAACUCUCAGUUGAUGGCAGUGCCGACGUAGCUAAUCAAACGCUUUUCGUUCGAACAUUGAAUGCAAGGCUCAAGUCUAAAACAUGGGAAAAAUUAACCACAGCCAUUUCCGAAGAGCUCACGCAGCUCUACGAAGAUCAAGAGUGCUACGAUAAUUCUUCUGACAACAUUAUGUCCUCUCCGCCGAGCUCGGAGGGUACUUCGAGUUCAACGACAAGUGCAAGUGGAAAUCCAGGGGCCGCCAGGGAGACUAUGAUCCGAUACAAAGGUAUAGCCAAUAUCGACUCCAAUCCUGGAGCAGAACAGAUCGCUCAUCCUGCAAAUAUAAUCAACGAAUUGGCAUUGCAGAAGACAUCGGAAGAAUCUGAUGAGUUUGAAAUGAUUAUUACGAGCGAUAAAGAUUGGAUGUCAGUUCUAACAGAGCAUGAUCCAGCUCUUCCUUCAGGGAAGGAGCUUUUUGAUCGCAUUAUGAAGCACCGAACCAUUCAAUUUGACAUUGAAGAUGGUAUAUAUGUCCCUCUCUCCAGACUUCUAAGCCAUUAUUGA